CAGGCAGAUUACCUUCGACCUCCGUUGAGUAAACAGCUCUCUUGUGCCUCUGACAAAAGAAUUCCUCAACCGCCAACAUGAUGAAGCUCGUGGUCGUUCUCUUCGCCCUGGCCGCCGUCGCCGCCGCCUCCGACCUCAAGGAGUCCCCCCGCUUCGGCUACCUCUCCCUCGACCCCACCAACGGCGCCUCCUUGGCCUUCAACAGCACCACCAUCAACAACGGCAUCUUCUUCAGCGUCUUGCUCUUCGUCGCCGCCCUGGCCGUCAAACUCUUCAUCGGCUACGACUUCCUGACCCUCUUCGAGAAGCCCAGCAGCUACGAGAACCAGGGCUACACCUACGACCCCGCCCAGGCCUACUCCAACCCUUCCGUCUUCGCCAAGAAGUGAGUGGGAAAAGCGCGUUGUUUUUUUUUCU